AUGAAAGUUGAGAAAGCUUUAGAACUAGAGAUGUUACAGAAUGAGGAUUUGCUUGUUAACUCUAAUGAUCGAGAUUGUAAUGAUCAAAACAUAUUAAUGGAAAUUGAGGAGAUAUCAAACUAUUUUGAACUAGUGUUAUUGCAAAAAGAUGAUUCUUUUGCUGAUUUUGAAAAGGCUGAAAGCUAUGUAUAUAAAUUUGCUGAAUAUAAAGAUUUUGGUGUGCGUCUUAGACAUAUAACAGCAACUAAUACAGUGGAAG